GCGCGUUCACAAAGAGAGAGAGACAGGCUCGAGCCAGGGACAGAGAGAGACUGCUGUUCUGUUCAGCACUAGGCUACUGCGCUGCGCGCUUCACUGUUAAUAACCUUCUCAUCCCCUCAUCAUCACCACCAGCAUCACGACCCCUAUACUGGAUGUGCUACAACCAAAGAGCGUUUUGCUGUAUAUGUGACUUUGUUUUGGAUUAUUGGGAUAUUGUUUGGAUCUACAUAACAUAAAUAAAGUUACGGGAAGUUCUGUAAGGCCUGAAACUGGACUAGAACAUACAGCACAGUGCCACAGGGCGUGGCUACGGAUCUGAAGCCAAGAUGGUCGCCGUUUGUUUUAAUCCUUGCAGUCGCCUCAAAGGAAAAUCCUCGGAUGGGCCUCUGUAUCACUGACAGAACACACUGAGGAUCAGCAUUGUCGAUAGGUAGGAAGACGGAUAUUUACUCCUCUUCUCGGAUUGGAAGACUGGGAUUCGACUGGAUUCGAUUGCACGCGUGGGACAUACAGUACAUGAAAUAUAUCAGUCUUUGAAACAAAAAAACACACCUGAUGCUAUUGACAAUCUAAGGAUCUCUCCCUCUAACAAGUAACCCCAACUGACACAGUCUACCCUCCGCAUUUCUUCUACAAUGAAAUCCUUUAGUCUCUCCCAGCGUGUUCUCCUGCUGCUCAGUACUCUGCUGGGCCUGUGCCAGGGUCUGGAGUUCACAGGCUCCGAGGGUCAGUGGGCUCGGUACGUCCGCUGGGACGCCAGCACCAGAAGUGAGCUCACCUUCCAGUUCAAAACAGCCGCGUCCGACGCCCUGAUCCUCUACUUUGACGAUGGCGGCUACUGCGACUUCCUGCUCCUCACGGUAACGGACGGGAAGCUCCAGCUCUGCUUCAGUGUCGACUGCGCCGAGACCACGGUCACCUCUGACAAAUCGGUCAACGACAGCCGCUGGCAUUUCGCUACAGUCAGCCGACACAACCUCAGAACGGUCCUAGCCCUGGACGGGCAGACCAAGGCGGACGAGGUUCGACCACAGCGCCAGUUCAUGAAGAUCGUCAGCGACCUCUUCCUCGGAGGUGUACCCGGAGACAUCAGGACCUCGGCCAUCACCCUGCCGACGAUUAGAGAGCUGCCACCGUUCAAAGGAGUUAUCACAGAGCUGAAUUACGGAAACAAGGUUCCCACGCUGAUCAACAGUCAGAAGGUGCGUCUGGAGAUGAUGGGUCUCUGUACAGAGAACCCGUGUGAGAACGGAGGCCACUGCUCCAUGGCUGAUGGAGAACCCUACUGUGACUGCUCCAAAACUGGAUAUACCGGACGGACCUGCGGUGAAGUGUCUACACCAUGCAAGCCAAAGCAGUGUGAUGCUAAUGCUAGGUAUCUCUCUGCCUUCUCUUCCCUCCCCCCUGCUAACUCCUCAGCAGCCGUUCAGAGGAAACCAGGCUUAGCACAUCUGAAGGCAUCUGAGUCAGGUAGAAACAAAGCGAGAGAAGAGAACGUGGCAACGUUCCGUGGUUCGGAGUACUUCUGCUACGACCUGUCCCAGAACCCCAUCCAGUCCUCCAGCGAUGAGAUCACGCUCUCCUUCAAGACGUGGCAGAGGAACGGUCUCUUACUCCACACGGGGAAGUCGGCUGACUACGUCAACCUGGCCCUAAAAGACGGAGCGGUGAGCCUGGUCAUCAACCUGGGCUCGGGGGCCUUCGAGGCCAUCGUGGAGCCCGUCAACGGGAAGUUCAACGACAACGGCUGGCACGACAUCAAGGUCACACGCAACCUCAGACAGGUGACUAUCUCCGUGGAUGGGAUCCUCACCACGACAGGGUAUACCCAGGAAGACUACACCAUGCUGGGGUCUGAUGACUUCUUCUACGUGGGUGGGAGUCCUAGUACGGCUGAUCUACCUGGUUCUCCCGUCAGCAACAACUUCAUGGGCUGCCUGAAAGAGGUGGUCUACAAGAAUAACGAUAUCCGUCUGGAGCUCUCCCGUCUAGCCCGCAUCGUAGACCCCAAGAUGAAGCUCCAGGGUGACGUGGUGUUUAAGUGUGAGAACGUGGCCACCCUGGACCCUAUCAACUUCGAGAGCCCUGACUCCUACCUCAGCCUCCCCAAGUGGAACACCAAGAGAAUGGGUUCUAUCUCCUUCGACUUCCGGACCUCAGAGCCCAACGGACUCAUCCUGUUCACCCACGGCAAGGCCCAGGACCGGCGUGACGCAGCAGGGAAGAAGAACAACAAAGUAGACUUCUUUGCUGUAGAGCUGCUGGAUGGAGGGCUGUAUCUGCUGCUGGACAUGGGCUCAGGCACUAUCAAGGUCAAAGCCACCCAGAACAAGGUCAAUGAUGGAGCCUGGCACCACGUGGACAUACAGCAAGGGACCCUCGGACGCUUCAGCAUCAUAUCAGUGGACAAUCGUCGUACUCCGUUCACGGCCAGCGGAGAGAACGAGAUCUUAGACCUGGAGGGASACCUCUACCUGGGUGGUCUCCCUGACAACCGCGUAGGCCUGGUGUUACCGACCGAACUGUGGACGGCCAUGUUGAACUACGGCUACGUGGGCUGCAUCCGGGACCUCUUCAUAGACGGACGCUCCAAAAACAUUCGGGCCAUCUCCGAGUCUCAGAACACCACAGGCAUCAGGCCCACCUGCAGUAAAGUCACGGGGAAACAGUGUGAUAGCAAUCCCUGUAAGAAUAACGGAGUCUGUAAGGAAGGGUGGAACCGGUUUAUCUGUGACUGCACCGGGACUGGGUUCUGGGCCGGCACGUGUGAGAGAGAGGCGUCCAUCCUGAGCUACGAUGGCAGCAUGUAUAUGAAAGUGGUGAUGCCAAGCGUGAUGCACACUGAGGCCGAGGACGUCUCCCUCCGCUUCAAGUCCCAGCGUGCAUUCGGGCUCCUAAUGGCCGCUACCUCUCGGGACUCUGCUGACACACUCCGUCUCGAGCUGGACAGCGGCCGCGUCAAACUCACGGUCAACCUAGACUGUGUCAGGAUAAACUGUACCACCAGCAAGGGACCAGAGACUCUAUAUGCUGGACAAAAGCUCAAUGAUAAUGACUGGCACUCUGUCAGAGUGGUCCGACGCGGUAAAAACUUCAAACUGACAGUCGACGAAGACAUGGCUGAAGGCCAGAUGGCAGGUGACCACACUCGUCUGGAGUUCCACAAUGUGGAGACAGGGAUUCUGACAGAGAGACGUUUCGUCUCCUCCUCCCCCUCCUCCUUCAUUGGACACCUGCAGGGCCUGAAGUUCAACGGCAUGUUCUACAUUGACAUGUGUAAGAACGGAGACAUCGACUUCUGCGAGCUCAACGCCCGCUUCGGCAUGCGCUCCAUCAUCGCCGACCCGGUGACCUUCAAGUCCAAGGGCAGCUACCUGGGGCUGGCCACUUUGCAGGCCUACACCACCAUGCACCUGUUCUUCCAGUUUAAAACCACCUCCCCGGACGGCUUCAUACUGUUCAACAGCGGAGACGGAAACGACUUUAUCGCCGUUGAGCUGGUCAAAGGGUUUGUCCACUAUGUGUUCGACCUGGGGAACGGUCCCAGUCUGUUGAAGGGGAACAGUGACAGUGCCCUGAAUGACAACCAGUGGCACAACGUAGUUAUCACCAGGGACGCCACCAACACACACACCCUCAAGGUGGACGCCAAGUCCGUCACACAGAACGUCAACGGAGCCAAGAACCUCGACCUCAAAGGGGAUCUGUUUGUGGCAGGGCUGGGGCCUAACAUGUACCAGAACCUUCCUAAACUGGUGGUCUCUAGGGAAGGUUUCCAGGGUUGUCUGGCGUCUGUAGAUCUGAAUGGCCGCCUGCCUGACCUCAUCAACGACGCCCUGUUCCGCUCCGGACAGAUCGAACGCGGAUGUGAAGGACCCAGCACCACCUGUCAGGAAGACUCCUGUGCCAACAUGGGCGUCUGUAUUCAACAGUGGGAGAACUUCACCUGCGACUGCACCAUGACGUCUUACACAGGGACACAGUGCAACGACCCUGGUACCACCUAUAUCUUCGGUAAGGGCGGGGGCCUGAUCACGUACACGUGGCCUAACAACGAGAGGCCCAGCACGCGUACCGACCGUCUGGCUGUGGGCUUCAGCACCACCAUCAAGGACGGCAUCCUGGUCCGCAUCGACAGCGCGCCGCGACUCGGUGACUACAUCAUGCUACACAUCACGGAAGGCAAGGUGGGCGUGACCUUCAACAUUGGUACGUCAGACAUCAGUGUGAAGGAGGUAACCAUGACGAUCAACGACGGGAAGUACCACCUGGUGCGCUUCACCAGGAAUGGGGGCAACGCCACUCUGCAGGUGGACAACUGGCCAAUCAACGAACACUUCCCCACAGGACCAAGCGAUGUUGAGCGCUAUCAAAUGGCUAAUAAGAAAAUCCCAUUCAAUUAUAAGAGGCCGGUAGAAGAUUGGCUACAGGAGAAAGGCCGGCAGCUCACUAUCUUCAACACCCAGGCGACCAUCUCUAUAGGUGGUAAUGACCGUAAACGUCCCUACCAGGGACAGCUGUCCGGUCUCUACUACAACGGCCUCAAGGUCCUCAACAUGGCUGCCGAAGGCCACGCCAACAUCAAGGUGAACGGGAGCGUGCGAUUGGUGGGGGAUGUACCCACCAGUAGGGGCGCUGCCCGCACCACCACCUCCGUGCCACCUGAGAUGUCCACCACCUUCAUAGAGACCACCACCACUCUGUCUACGACCACCACGAGGAAACAGCGCUCUCCACCCACCAUUCAGACGACAGAUGACAUAGUAUCGUCGGCGGAGUGUUCCAGCGACGACGAGGAUCUGGAGGAGUGUGAUUCCGGACACGCAGGAGGGGAGUUAGUCAUCCCCGUACUUGUAGAGGAUCCCAUAGACAUCCCUCCUGUCUCCACCCAUUCUCCUUUCAUCCCCCUCCCCCCAACCCUCCGCCCCGUCCUCACCAUUAUCGAGACCACAAAAGAGUCCCUGCCCAUGGCCACUGAGGCGGGGGUACCUUGCUUGUCGGACCGAGGCAGCGAUGAUUGUGAUGAUGGUCUUGAUGGUGGUGGUGGUGAUGAUGAUGAUGAUGAUGAUGAUGGAAUGGUGAUAUCGGGGUUUGGCUCUGGCGAAGCUUUCGACUCUAGCCUGCCCCCCACUGACGAUGAAGAUUUUUACACCACCUUCUCCCUGGUAACAGAUAAGAUCUUGACCACGUCGGCCUAUGAAGGUGGCUACAAAGCUCUCGCGCCCAAGUGGGAGGCCAAGGACUUGAGGCCUAGCAAAGCCUCAGAGGCGGGUAGGACUACACCCACCCCGCCUCUACCCAACCUCGGGGGCACUGUAGCGGAGGCGUCCCUCCCCUCGGAUGGCAUGCCGCCCAAACUGCCCGCCGGGAAAAUGGACAACCGCGAGGUGAUCAAACCCCUACAGCCGGACAUUGUCCUGCUGCCUCUGCCGACCACGUCCUUCGACCUGGACGGCACCAAGCCCCGCGGGCCCCUCAUCACCUCGCCCAUGCUACGCACGGUGCCUGCCACGUUACCCACCGUACCCGUCGUAAGGCGGGUGCCCCCUGGGGCCUCGGAGGUGAUACGAGAAUCCAGCAGCACAACAGGCAUGGUGGUGGGCAUCGUCUCGGCCGCAGCACUCUGCAUCCUCAUCCUCCUCUACGCCAUGUACAAGUACAGGAACAGAGACGAAGGCUCCUACCAGGUAGACGAGACACGGAAUUACAUCAGCAACUCGGCACAGACCAACGGCUCCGUGGUGAAAGAUAAAACGCCCAGUGGGGGCAGUGGUGCCAAGGGAGCCAGCAGCAAGAGACCGAAAGACAAGGACAAGGAAUACUAUGUAUAGAAAAAAAUCAACCAUUCCCAAUGCAAACAAAAAAAUAUUAAAAAACUGUUUGGAGAAAAUAGGAAUAAACGCUUGACAGUACCAUAUUGGGAGCUGUAAUUCAAAAAGGAAAACAAAAUCUGCUCAUGAGAACUCAAAGUGAAUGAGUCCAAGUUUAAACAUUUUCAAAUGUACUGUGACCUAAAAGCACACUAUGGUAAGCAUACAGAGAAACAGACUGAUAGGGACACUACUAUAAGAGACCUUGUUGUGACGAGAUGACGGAGCUCUGUCCGGAGUCGUUGCCAGAGGUUGGGCAGUGUAAGAUACUUCACUGUUACUUCGCUAUCCCUCCCAAGUGACUGUCAGAGAUGUGUGAUCCUUGGCGUAAACAACCUUGUCCAUUGUAACCCUGUAAAAUAACAAAACAAACAACCAUCAUUUCGGCCAUUCUGAGCAUGCAUGUGAGAUGUAUGUGACGUGGUGCUGGCAUCUGUGUGAGGGACCUGAAGAUAAGAACGAAUGGUCAGUUAAAGAUACAGUUUGAAAGACAAAACAUAAUUAGCAUAAAAUAUUUCCAUUUCUAUGCCUAGCAUUGAUAUGAGGGAAGGUAUGUGUCUGGUGGAUAAGGUGUAUUUCUUCCACCCUAUGCUUUUUGAGGAAUGAGACAUUGUCAGGGCUGACCAGUCAAUGCUCAAUGAAUGGUAGUGCAGUAAUGUAUCUCAA